ACACCUUAGUCCCAUAUCACAAAAACCUUAAGCUCAAUCCGUUAUCUUAAGCAUUUUGUUAAUUAACAUCCUAGAAAAAAGAACAAGAGAGAAAAGAUGCAAGCUUACCGUCAAGGCGGCUACUGCGAAGAUGGAUCAUCGGCAUCGCAACAACAAAUUCGUCGAUCAUCAAUGAUGGGUUCUCAGGGUCAUCAUUCUGCUGCACUAGGCGGUAUGCAGCAGGGGAUGGGCAUGGGCAUGGGCAUGGGCAUGGGCAUACAGCAGCAGCAGGGGUAUGGAAUUCAGCAGCAGCCGCAGCGUGCAGGCAUGAUGCACAACAGCUCCUCCAUGAAGGCUCAUCAGUACUCAUCAGGCCAAUCAUCAAUGACUGUGUUUGGGCAGGAUGCCUUUUGUGAUAUCAUGCCCUCGUCCUUCCCACCUGGUACUGACGCUAAGGUCAUUGAAUGCUACAACAGAAUUGAUAGAGAUGGCAAUGGUAUCAUCGACGACAGGGAGUUGCAGUCUGUGCUGACCAACUGCAGCCACAACUUUAACUUGAGGACUGUCCACCUUCUCAUGUAUGAAUUCACCCACUCUAACAAGAGGAUGAUUGGUCCUAAGGAAUUCGUCCCGCUGCUCAAGUGCCUUCAGACAUGGAGGGCCAUGUACCAAAGGUUUGAUAGGGACAGGAAUGGGAGCAUUGAUUCAUCUGAGAUGGCUCAAGCUCUCACCAGUUUGGGAUAUUGUGUAUCUCCUAUUAUAGUCAAUCUGCUUGUUUCCAAAUUUAGCAAAAAUGGGAGGUGCUCUCUUCAAUAUGAUAACUUCAUUGAGUGUUGCCUCACUGUUAAGGGUUUAACCGAGACGUUCAAUGCCAAAGCUGACUGUGGCAAAGCAGUUUUUUGCUACCAGGAGUUCCUGCUAAAUGUUCUCCCUUUCAUCAUUGCUUAAUUAGAUCAAAACCCCAUGUUCUAAUUUGCUUCUAUUCUACUACUCCGUGUGUUUUAUUUGCGUGCGACUACUUUAUUAAUUAUAACUGGCUCAUAAUGCUUAUGUAAUAAAUAACGCAACGCUUUUUUUUUUUCAA